CGUACGCUGCCGCGGAAGUUACCGGAAAGGGAUUGAAGCCGGGUCACCUUUAAGGAGCUUGGAAGGAAGUGUUUGGCCUUGGUAACGGUGUCGCGAUGUGGUUCGAGAUUCUCCCCGGGGUCGCCGUCAUGGCCGCGUGCUUAUUCAUCCCGGGAAUGGCCACUGCACGCAUCCACAGGUUCACUAACGGGGGCAAGGAAAAAAGGGUUGCCCAUUAUUCAUAUCAGUGGAAUUUGAUGGAAAGAGAUAGGCGCAUCUCUGGAGUUAAUCGCUACUAUGUGUCAAAGGGUUUGGAGAACAUUGAUUAAGGAAGCAUUUUCCUGAUCGAUGAAAAAUAACUCAGUUAUGCUUGUCUACCCCUGCUAGAAGGUUAUGCAGUGUAUUGUGUAGCAUGCAGUGUAUUUUGUAGUGUGUAAUAAAAAUAAAAAAAGUAAAAUCAGAGGUUUUCUUUACUUUUUAAAAUGGUACUACACAAGAUCAAGCAGUCUACCCAAUGUAGCUUUAUCACUUUGAAAAAACUAAAGGCAACUGAGGCUUGUAAAAUUAUAGACGUAAUGUACACCAAGCGCCGAUCACUGUGCCUGGUGCCUAAUGUGUCACAAACAGUAGUUCCUGCUGUUGUAAUAUUACUGAAAACCAUUGUUUCUUCAGAGAUUGCUAGGAGAAUACAGAAAAAGUAGUACUUUGAUUUUUUUCUAGUUCCUUUUCUGGGUGAAUCCUAUGUGCUUAAAAUUCCAGACCGCACGUUCAACUUUCAUGCGCUCUGUAUCCAGCACAUAGUAUUCACUUAAGUGUUG